CAAUGCAAUAAACAAAACAUUUUACUACGAAUAUAACUAUGUUUCAAAAUGAAGAAGAUAAACGCAUAUCACAGGUUCCAGCAAUAGCCAUGGAAGAUAAUACCGAAGAAAUAAUCAACAGAUCCGAGUAUGGCGGUUCGAUUCCUGUCGAUAACGUGCAAGCGCUUGCUUCCAAGGACCUCAAAGACGUUCCGGUUCGAUAUAUUCGAUCAGAGAUUGAAUCGGAAGAGGUUUUAGUCGAUGAGUCACUGCAGAUUCCGGUUAUUGACAUCAGCAGACUCGCCGCGGCUGGACAACUUGGCUAUGAUGAUGAACUGGCUAAACUCCAUGUCGCUUGUAGAGAUUGGGGGUUCUUCCAGUUGGUGAAUCAUGGGAUAUCAGAAGCUAUAGAUGCAAUGAAGAAGGUUGCGGAGGAGUUCUUCAAGCUGCCAUUAGAGGAGAAGAUGAAAUAUGCACAGCUUCCAAACACCAUUGAAGGUUAUGGUCAAGCUUUUGUUCUUUCUGAAGAACAAAAGCUUGAUUGGGGAGACAUGCUCUUCCUUUUGCCAUUACCAGUCUCUCUAAGGAACCUUAGAUUUUGGCCUCAAAAUCCCAAUUCCUUCAGGGAAACCUUAGACGAAUACUCGAACAAGUUAUGUGGCGUUUCAAUGAAACUAUUUAAGUUAAUAUCUAUAAACCUUGGAAUUGAACCCGAAGCAAUGAGCAAAAUUUUUGACUUAGAGAACUGCACACAAGGUAUUAGAAUGAACUACUAUCCACCAUGUCCGGAGGCACGAAAGGUUUUAGGAUUGGCUCCACACUCAGAUGCAACCGGUCUAACCCUCUUGGUUCAAGUCAAUGAAGUCCAAGGGCUACAAAUCAAGAAGAACUCAAAAUGGGUGCCUAUCAAGCCCAUUCCUGGAUCGAUUAUCGUCAACGUUGGUGAUGUCUUGGAGAUAAUGAGUAAUGGAGAGUACAGUAGUAUCGAGCAUAGGGCUGUAGUUGACUUUGAAAAAGAGCGGCUCUCGAUUGCGGCUUUUCAUAGUCCGGGCCUUGAAGCCAUGGUCGGACCAUUGCCCGAGCUCGUUAAGGGGAAGACACCAAAGUAUAAGACGAUUGAUGCACACGAGUAUGUGAAGUUAACCAUUAACAGCAAACUUGAUGGCAAAAGUCUAAUUGAUCAUAUGAAGAUUCAAUAGAGUCUCUUGUUUGUUUAGAAGGAAAAAAACAUAUGAAAAGUUAUUGACGUUUAAAAAACUUUGAAACGCCCUCCCUCUCAUUUGGUUAGAGGUUUAAUGAUUUCCAAUGUUUGUUUUGUUUUUCUUCAGAUGUUCAAACUUCAUACUAAAGGAAAUAAAUAAUAUAUAUCAAUUUUAAA